AUGCCCGUACCACCGAAUCUGCUACCUCCUGCUAUCCAGGUUACAACCACUUUUGAAAAUAAUGAUGCUCCCUCUACCAUAGAACGUUCCCCAAUAUCACCAACUUCGCUCAGCCAUUUUCGAAGGGAUUCAGAUGCUAUAACACCUACAGCUCUCUCACCAUCUGGCUUCGAACGUAAUUUCCUGGGUGUGGAUACCAACCGGUCUCGUUCCUCCUCAGUCGGAGACGCGUCCAUACUUUCCGGAGUAACUGCUCGGCCCGACACGCCCUACAAUGGAAUUGAUUUUACCACAGUCGAGGACGCUCUUAAGCCCGACCCAGGGACCGAGGAUGACUUCAAAGUUGACAACAACCCCUUCGCGGGUUUGGAAAAGGGGCUAAGAACCGAUCUUGAGGCCGGGUUGAGCAUCGAUGAGGCUCAUCUGGACGGACGAGUGACUUUUGAGGAGGCGUCGGCAUACAAGAAAAAUGAUAGCCUUAAUUCUGACUCUUCGAGAGGUCAGGGUAGCGGAGGCAGCGGCGCGGCUGAGAUUACGAGGAUUACAACGGCUGGUGGAACAGUAGCCUCGACAUCUUUUAUUGACAGAAAAAGAGUUUUUAAGGAUAAUGUGCUACCGACAAAAUAUGCAAAGAGUAUUUGGAUGCUUAUGUGGGAACAGUACCAGGAUAAGAUUCUGUUGUUGUUGACUGGUGCUGCUGUCAUUUCAUUGGGCCUUGGACUGUAUGAGACAUUUGGGGUGGAACACGCGCCUGGGUCGCCCCCGGCUGUUGACUGGAUAGAAGGCGUUGCUAUUGUCGUGGCUAUUAUUAUUGUUGUGUUGGUUGGAUCUUUAAACGAUUGGCAGAAGGAAAGACAGUUUGUUAAGCUCAACGAAAAGAAGGAAGAUCGUGUUGUCAAGGCAAUUCGCUCCGGUAAAUCCAUCCAGCUCUCGGUUCACGAAAUUCUCGUUGGCGAUAUUCUCCACAUCGAGCCUGGAGAUCUUAUUCCUGCAGACGGUAUCUUUGUUCACGGCCACAACCUGAAAUGUGACGAAUCAAGUGCCACCGGUGAAUCCGACCAAAUGAAGAAGACCCCUGGUGACGAGGUUAUGCGCCAAAUCGAGGCAGGAACCGCAUCGGCCAAACUUGAUCCCUUUAUCAUUUCCGGUUCAAAGGUUCUUGAAGGCAUGGGUACUUACUUGGUUACCUCUACUGGUGUCAACUCCAGUUUUGGAAAGAUCAUGAUGGCUCUUCGUACUGAGGCUGAGGCUACGCCUCUCCAGGUCAAACUUGGCAAAUUGGCUGAUCAGAUUGCCUACCUUGGUGGAGGUGGUGCUGUCCUUUUGUUCUUGGUGCUCUUCAUUCGCUUCCUCGCCACCCUCCCCACUAGCAAUGUUGGUGCCGCCGAGAAGGGAUCGCAGUUUAUGGACAUCCUCAUUGUUGCCAUUACUCUUAUUGUCGUCGCCGUCCCAGAGGGUCUUCCUUUGGCUGUAACCCUUGCCCUGGCAUUUGCAACAACUCGUAUGCUAAAGGAAAACAACCUCGUACGUGUCCUACGUGCUUGCGAGACUAUGGGAAACGCCACGACGAUUUGCUCCGACAAAACCGGUACUCUUACUCAGAACAAGAUGACUGUUGUUGCUGGGACGAUUGGCAGAGAUGCAAGAUUCGAAUCCGCAUCUUCAGACGCUGGUGAGAAGGCACUUCCAACCGCACAAGCAGUUGCCAGGUUUUCACCGGCAAUCAAAGACCUCCUGCUCCAGUCUAUUGUGGUCAACUCUACUGCUUUCGAGGGCGAAGAGGAUGGUGUUCAAGCUUUCAUCGGGUCAAAGACGGAAACAGCCAUGUUGAUGUUCGCACGUGACUACCUUGGUAUGGAUUCAGUUGCACGUGAAAGAUCUUCUGCACACAUUGUUCAACUCAUUCCUUUCGAUUCUGCUCGCAAAUGUAUGGGUGUCGUCGUCAAGCUUCGCACUGGUAACUAUAGGCUCUAUGUCAAGGGUGCUUCGGAAAUCUUGCUGGGAAAGGCCACCAGAUACACAGGAGAUGUUUCCAACCAGAUCAUUGAGGAAAUCGAGUUGACAGGAGCCGAUACUGAGUCACUUAACGCUACAAUCAACUACUACGCUGAGCGCUCUCUUAGGACCAUUGGAAUGCUGUACAAAGACUACAACCAAUGGCCGCCCAUCGGUGCUAAGGUGAUGGAAGAUGACUCGAACAUGGCUGAUUUCGACAACAUCUUCAACGAUAUGACCUUCCUUGGACUUGUUGGUAUCAUGGACCCACUCCGCCCCGGUGUCUCUGAAGCUGUUGCCGCUUGUCAAAAAGCCGGUGUCAUCGUACGCAUGGUUACUGGUGACAACGUUGUUACUGCGCGUGCUAUCGCUAAGGAAUGUGGUAUAUACAGUGAUGGUAUAGUUAUGGAGGGCCCUGCCUUCCGCCAGCUCAGUGAAACUGAAAUGGACGAGAUACUUCCACGUUUGCAGGUACUGGCUAGAUCAUCCCCUGAAGACAAACGUAUCCUCGUUCGCCGUCUCAAAGAGCUUGGGGAAACCGUUGCUGUCACUGGGGAUGGAACGAACGACGGACCUGCCCUCAAGAUGGCCGACGUUGGUUUCAGUAUGGGGAUUGCCGGUACUGAGGUCGCAAAGGAGGCCUCCUCAAUCAUUCUCAUGGAUGACAACUUCUCAUCCAUUGUCAAGGCUAUGAUGUGGGGCCGUGCCGUUAACGAUGCCGUCCGCAAGUUCUUGCAAUUCCAGCUUACUGUCAACAUCACAGCCGUCCUUCUUACCUUUGUUUCCGCCGUCUCCAGCUCUGAUCGUACCUCUGUCUUGACCGCGGUGCAGCUUUUGUGGGUCAACCUUAUCAUGGACACGUUUGCUGCGCUUGCUUUGGCUACAGAUGCUCCCACACCCGAGAUCUUAAAUAGGAAGCCUACGCCAAAGAGUGCCAGCCUCAUCUCGCUGAACAUGUGGAAGAUGAUCAUUGGUCAAGCAAUUUUUCAGCUGGUUGUCACAUUCAUCAUGUACUUCGCGGGCGCUAGAAUUCUGGGCUACUCCACUGAGACCGAGAUCAAGGAGCUCAAGACUAUGAUUUUCAACACCUUUGUCUGGAUGCAGAUCUUCAACGAGUUCAACAAUCGUCGUCUUGAUAAUAAGUUCAAUAUCUUUGAGGGGAUGUUCAGGAACUACUUCUUUAUGGGUAUAAACUGUAUUAUGAUUGGUGGACAGGUUGGCAUCAUCUUUGUUGGUAACCAGGCCUUCUCCAUCAAACCCAUCAACGGAACCCAAUGGGCAAUCUGUAUUGUCAUUGCUUUCCUAUCUCUGCCUGCCGCUGUCCUCAUCCGCUGCAUCCCUGACCCCUUCGUUGGUGCAUGCUGGGACAAGCUCGUCAUCUUCUUCGCCCCUGUCAUGAGCGGGCUCGAGAGGGUGUGGCGCGCAAUUCCUCGACGUGAAAAGAAAGAGAAGAAGCCAACCGAUGAGGAGAAGGGCAAGGCAAACGCCUCACCUUGA